CAAAACCAGACUCUCGUGCUGUUCGGUUUCCCGAGUACUAUUGCUUGUUGCACCCGCCAUUCUUUUGCGACGACCAUUAUGUUGUCCUUCCUGUCUCUAGGUCUCCUCGCUGUCCCUGCCGUCCACGCAUCAGGCUCUACAUUCUUUGCUCGGGAUGAUUCCGCUAAUGCAACGAAUGCUACGAUCGUAGACAUGGUGUCUUCCUCAUGGUAUGCUGGCUGGCAUGCCGACAACUUCACCCUUCAGAACGUGAGCUGGGACAAAUACACCCACCUCAUCUACUCUUUUGCCGCGACCACUCCGUUGGUCAGCAACAUCACCCUAAACGGCUCCGAUGCGGACCUUCUGCCGCAAUUCGUCUCCAUGGCAAAGCAGAACAAUGUCAGCGCCAUGGUUUCCGUCGGUGGAUGGGCGGGUUCCCAAUAUUUCUCCACCAACGUCGCUUCGGAGGAGAACCGUACCGCCUUUGUCAAGACCAUCACCGACUUUGUCCAGAUUUAUGAACUUGAUGGCAUUGACUUCGACUGGGAAUACCCUGGCAACCAGGGCAUUGGUUGCAAUGUUGUCAGCGCAAAUGACACGAACAACUUCCUCUCCUUCCUCCAGGCACUUCGCGCGGACCCGGUCGGCUCAAACCUUACGCUGACCGCCUCGGCCCCACUCAAGCCCUACGAGGGCAUCACGAAUGGCUCUGCCUUUGCGGACGUAUUCGACUGGAUUAAUGUCAUGGCCUACGACGUCUGGGGCAGCUGGAGCCCCUCUGUGGGCCCGAACGCGCCGUUGAACGACACGUGCGCGCUCCUUGCAGACCAACAAGGCAGCGCAGUGAGCGCGGUUGCCGCAUGGACGGAGGCGGGCGUGCCUGCGCAUCAGAUCGCGCUUGGUGUCGCCUCGUACGGCCGCUCGUUCCUCGUCGAGAGUGCGCUCGCGUAUCUUGAGGACAACACCGUGCUAGCGGCAUUCCCGCCCUUCAACAGCACGCCCCUCGGUGAUGCAUGGGACAAUGCGACAAACACAGAUGUUUGCGGCAACAUCUCGGGCCCUUCGGGCGUAUUCGAUUUCUGGGGCAUGAUUGACGAGGGCUUCCUCUUCGCGAACGGUACCCCGGCCGCGGCCAUCGACUACCGCUACGACGAGUGCAGCCAGACGCCAUACGUCUACAACAAAUCAACAGGUGUCAUGAUUUCGUACGACAACGCAGAGUCGUUCAUCGCGAAGGGCUCGUACAUUGCCAACAACAACCUGCGCGGCUUUGCUAUGUGGGAGGCGGGCGGUGACUACGACGACAUCCUGCUCGAUGCGAUCCGCCAGGGCGCCGGAUUUGAGGAUGACUGCUAAGCGCCCUCAUCGUUUAGUCUGCCUCCUUGCCUUAGGGUUCUGGACCGUGGGACGGUGGCGCGCACCCUCUCCGCUGUGCACGAUCACAUCGCGCUUUCUCUCAUCGUUGGACUCUGCUAUCCGUCAUUAAGUAGAAUUAAGUAGAUAAUAUCCGCUAUUACGCUGCCUAGUGUAGCUUGCUCGUCGGAGACCCCGGGCUGUGUCUUAGCGCACUGGUUGUACCAAAGUUGUUGUCCCUCGUCUCAAUGUCCUAGAAGGCAUACAGUACCAUAAUACGCUCUGUCGACAGAGGUUUGCAUCA